ACAGGAGCUCAGCUGCACCCCUGCUCUCCCAGUCUCCCUAAUUAGCUACACCUAGAGGGAGUGAGGCACAGACCGAGCUGCAGGCGUGGGCAGGCAGAGCAAUCCCUGGCCGGCCCUCCUCCAUGUGGGAGGCUGCUGCUGCUGUUACUGCUGGAAGCAGGUGGGAUCCGCUCCGUGCUUCUGGCGGCUGUAAGUCCGGGGAUCACUUCCCACACACUCCGGCAGGGAUCGCAGGGGAGAUCGGAGACCCCUUCCUUCCCAGACACAAGUGAAGAUCCCACUAACCCUGAGGGCUAUGGCAGCAGUGCAGGACUAGAUCCCAGGGUAUUAAAGCCUCUCACGCCUCCGAGAUCUCUCCUUAUAUACAGCCUACCAUGAGGACUUAAAUAGCAGCUGAUGAGAGAGCCCACAGACGCACGCAUGAAGUCCUGAUCCACCCCACUGAGGGAGAACACCCCACGCCGCUAGCUUGUACUACGCUACUGAGACGGCGCAGACAUGGGAGAACAACCCAUCUUCACAACGAGAGCACAUGUCUUCCAAAUUGAUCCUAGUACUAAGAAGAACUGGGUUCCUGCCAGUAAACAGGCGGUAACGGUCUCCUAUUUCUAUGACAGCACAAGGAACAGCUAUCGAAUCAUUAGCGUUGAUGGAACCAAGGUAAUAAUAAACAGCACAAUAACUCCCAAUAUGACUUUCACAAAGACGUCACAGAAGUUUGGCCAGUGGGCGGACAGUCGGGCCAAUACAGUAUUUGGCUUGGGAUUUGCCUCAGAACAGCAGCUCUCGAAGUUUGCAGAUAAAUUUCAGGAAGUUAAAGAAGCUGCUAAACUGGCGCGGGACAGAUCACAAGAAAAAAUGGAGACCUCAAGCAAUCACUCUCAAGAAUCGGGGCGUGAAACACCGUCUUCAACUCGAGCAUCAAGUAUAAAUGGAACAGAUGAUGAGAAGGCUUGUCACACUGCUCCCCCUGAUUCUGAGCUGAGGACAGAGAAUGACAAGUUAAAAACUGCCCUUGCUCAAAGCUCCUCCAAUGUAAAGAAAUGGGAAACUGAACUGGAAACCUUGAGAGAGAGCAAUGCCAGACUGUCCUCUGCCCUACAGGAUUCCAUCGCUAGCGUAGAACACUGGAAGAAGCAAUUUCUAACAUGUAAAGAUGAGAAUGAGCACCUCAGGAACAAGAUUGUAGAGCUGGAAGCACAAUGUGAUGAAAUAGACCAGGAAAGAGAACGAAACGAAGAUCUGCGCAAAAGAUUACAAGAACUGGAAGCGGAAAUCCAGGACAAAGAAGCAGAAUUGGAAGACCUCAGGAAACAGAGUGAAGUUAUCCCUCAGCUGAUGUUGGAGUGUGAAGCUGUGAAUGAAAAGCUUCAGGACGCUGAGCAGAGGAACCAAGAGCUGGACGAUAAAGUGAGGACUCUAAGGAAAGAGAUGGACGAGAGCAAGCACAGACAGGGUCACUUGAAACUGGAACUUAAACAUUUCCUGAAUGUACUCGAUGGAAAGAUUGAGGAUUUGCACGAAUUCCGUCUAGGGCUUUCCAAAUUAGAAAUGGACAACUAGUGUGAUGGAUUUUUCAUGCAGUAGGACCUGCGCAGAGCAAACCACAGAAGAUAGACGGCUUGGGGGGGUGCACUGUGUGUUGGUUUUAAAUGUUUCUUUAGCACCUAUGGAUACCUGAGAUAAGUCUGUUUUGCCUAUUUGGCAACCAAUAGCUGCCUAUCACUUCAAAGCCAUUUUUCUACAGAAUCAGUCCAGGGAUUAGCUAUCCAAACAGUGUAGCAGCAGACACGGUGUUUAAAAUGAUCUACAUAUAUAUCUAGAUUUAAAAAAAUAUAUAUAACUAAGAAUUGUGAGAUGUCAGAUGUCUGGUCAUUUGCAGUUCAUGUCCCACAAUCGUCUCCUUUGACAAGAGAAUACAAAACGCGGCUUUGAAGACCAAAAUAAAACCUAUUCCUUCUAUAUUGGUUUUAAGGUACUAGCUCUAGUACCAACAGGAGGUUGGAAUUGCAAUAAGAAAAAGCACACAGCCAUGAAACCUAGUCCACUGUACUGUUUCAGGCAGCACUCUGUGAUACUUCUGGCCAUUAACCUUGGAAUUGAAGCUGCAAUAAAUCUAGUGAAUAGGGCAGAGUUUGUGACUCCUUACUUGUUUUAUCACUCUAUAUAUUUUGAUGGAUGACCAAGAAUUGUUCUGAUAUUGAGAUGUAAUGUAUCUACCACUGAAAUAAUAAAGCAAAAAGAAAAUGA